CGGAGCGGCAUUAAUGGGAGGACCCUCACCUUCCAACUACCAACCAUCUUAAUCCUCUCAACUUCAUUAUUGUGGCCAGUGCCUUGUUAUAACUUGUAAGCUCUGGUUUUUGAUUCUCAGCUUCCCAAUAAUCUCUCUCUCAAUCAAUCAGACACCAUGAAAGAGUCAACAACCACACAGAACCACCAAGACCAGUUCAUGGUCUCUAGAAUCAAGAGAAGACGACGAUGUCGUCUCCUUCUAGGUUUACUCACGCUGUUUCUGAUACUGGUCUUUAUUGUGGCUCUGGUUCUGGCCUUGACUGUGUUCAAGCCCAAGAACCCAACAGUCCAACUUGUGUCAGCUUCUCUGGACGGUGUAUCACCAAGCGUCUCUUUCCCUGCAAUUCAGGUCCAUCUCAAUCUCACUCUUGAUAUCAAUCUUCUGGUUCAUAAUCCAAACCAUGCCAGUUUCAAGCAUGAACUGGGCAAGAGCCUACUGUUUUACAAGGGUCAUCAGAUCGGAGAGACUAACAUCUACCCCGGCAAGCUUCCGGCGAAGGGGUCCGCCGUGCUUUCUAGCCGGCUGACACUGCAGGUGGACAGGCUUGCAUCGGAAGUCACCAGUUUGAUCGGAGAAUUAAUGAGUGGGGAACUAUCUAUGGAAGCAUCUACACGGAUUCCAGGCAGAGUCACCGUCCUUGGAUUCAUUAAAAGACAUGGUGUUGCGUUGUCGGAAUGUCAGUUCACUAUUGACAUGUCCAACAGGAAGAUUAAAUCCCAAUCUUGCAAAAAUAAGAAUAAGUUUUGAAUGAAACACAGAGAAUUUUUUGGAUCUGUCAUAUACUAGUUGAUUCUCUGUGAAGGUUGGGUGUAGUUGUAAUUUUUUUUUUUUUUUUGGGACGUGAGAUAUGGUUGUGAUUUGAGCCUUGUGUGCCGUUGUUGUAAGUAAAAAGUUAGCCAUAUGUAGGAUUAUGACGAUAUGUGCUGUUGUGGAGUUCUAUACAUAUAAUGAUAAACACAUACAGACUUUACUGACCGUAUCUGUAAUUUCUAUUCAU